AAACCAGGUAUACCAGGUGUACACUGUAGGGCCAAAGAGUGGGGAAUGGAUUGGAAAAGAAGGGGAGGAAGGUACUGCAUCACCUAAUACUUGCCCCAUACCAUAUCUAAUUUACGCACGCAAACUGAUUUCCUCUGCAUUUCACACGCGAUGCUUGGGACACAGCGCUGCAUUAAUUUUAGUGUUGAGGACCACCCACGCAUGGCACACUGGAGCGUAUCUGACCUCGACACCACUACACACAGAGCCUGAAAGAUUACAGAUAGUUUCGUAUUCUGAGGCAUACCAGUCCUAAAGUGACAUCUCGAGCAAAAGGAGCUUCGUACAGCAGUUGAUGUCUCAUGUGAGGAGUACGUACAGCAGCAACUGACUGUUAUUUACUGUCUAGCUCCAGUUAGCCGCCCACGCUUCUAAUCUUCAAAAGAGUAACGAGGCACCGCUGAAUAAUCUAGUGACAAAAUGGGAUUCCUUGUCUUGCGUUUUCUAAGUCUCUUUAUAUUUCUGUGGGUCACCGUCCAGGGAUAUGAGACGACACGCGGGAAAUCUCUUCCAACCCGCCUGCGGCAGGGUAUCGGUGCAACUGCGCAUUCGCAUGGGUGGUCAGAAAAACGCUUUCCUCAGUUAUAUAUCGGAAUCGACGAGUUAGAGGCUGCCAUCUCCCAUGCCGAGGAUGUUCUGUCUUCUCGAAAGGAGCAUGACAACGAGCUCGCCAGAAAAUACAAUGUCUGGAGAAUAGAGCAUGAACACGCCAUACACAAACAACACAUGCUCAAUGUGGCUCAUACAAAGGCGCAUCAUGGGGAGAGGACGAUUCAGAACAUUCGCGCACACAUUCCUUGUGCACCGCCUUCUGCAGGAGAAGAACUACCAUCUACGAUGAGCGAACAAGCGCAUGAUGUCGCCUCAGAGGAGCCGAAAUUGUUCACCAGGCUCGAGGACACGUUAGAUCGCCUCGCACCGCAAAGAUCGCAGAAACCCGGACAGAACUCAAGCGACUCGAAGUCGGCUGAACAUGCCGACGCUGAAACAGAAGUGGAGGCAGCUAAUUGCGAAGUUCAACAGACAGAGGCCCAGGUGGCCGCAGAGAGGGGAAAAGAGGAACUCGAGGAGAUUGAGGAGGCCGAGAAAAGGGCGAAGGAAGCGCAGCGUCAAGCCGCCCUCCAGAAAGAAUCACCUCUGGGGAGGGGUCGUGACACAGAAGAAAUUACCGGGAGUCAGACACAUACUGUUGACGCAAGAGAUGAGGCAAAUGCAUCGCCCGAAUCAGGCCUUCGAUUGGAUCCCCCUGAAAUUAGGAUCACAAAAGACACCGGCACGUCACCUGCUGACGUCCAAGUCAAGGUGAAGCCGCCCACCAUCGAGAUAGCUCCUAGGACUGCCGCCUCCAUUGCAACGAACACACCGGCAGAGGAAACUGCCGCCGGUUCUCGACAUGGAAGUGUCGGCUAA